ACUGAAGUCAAGACAAACAUUUGAUUUGCUUUUUUGAAGACAUUUUUCAAUACAAAUAAAGUAUUGUUUUGUUUUCUGUUGUGUUUUUCUCACAUCUAAAUCACCGCUCAUUUGAUCCGCAAAUUUGUUUCAUAAAAAUCUUCACAUGAAAUACAAUGUCUGACUCGAAGACCAAUACAACUAAUCGGUGGUUAAAGUUUUUCACGGACUCGGGACUGCCAACAGGUGUGGCCACAAACUAUGCCAUUAUCUUCACCGAACAUCGCAUCCAAAAUGAUAUGUUAAGCGACUUAACCAAAGAGAUUCUCUACGAUAUGGGUAUCAAAACAAUAGGUGAUGUGAUUGCCAUCUUAAGACACGCUAAGAGUGUCGAUCACGACAAGACCAGAGACAAACUGCUCGGUUCGUAUGGAGUGGACAGCACUGAGAAACCGACGACCACAACAAAGACAGCGUUGCCAUUAACUCAUCGGUUUAAGACAUUGUCGACAACACAGAACUCGACACAAAACUCGACCGCAAAUAUAGCGAGUUUGAAGCGUUCGGCCGACAGUUCGGGUUUGAUUCGGACCACAAACGCGAAGAUCAGACGAAUUAUUGUGGCCGACGACGAUCUCGACGACUCGUUUGUUUCUAACGGAUCCAAAACUGUGUCCGUUUCAAGACUCGAAUCUCAAAAGACUUCGUUGGCGACCAAAUCAUCGGUUUUCAAUCGAAUUGGAAACGAUAAACAAUCGGACAAUUCAUCGAUAUUUUCACGUUUGGGAAACCAAACUCCCGUUGAGUCAAAUGUUUUUAAUAACCGUCGGGUGACUAUUAACGCCAACAGUAUUAGUACAACACUUCCAAACAAGAAUACUAUUAGAUUAAAACAAAAUAUUAAAUUAGUUAAGAAGCCUAUUGUGGCGCCCAAUGCGUCCAAUCGUUUGAGGAGUGGUCACACAGAAAUAGUCAGCGUUAAGGACAGAAUCGGUACAUCGACAUCGAGUCCGGCGGUCAAGAGAGCAAUCGUCAAUCGGACAGCCAUUUCUAAUCUUUCAGCCAAUCGGACAAUCAUUUCUAAUCUUUCGGCCAAUCGGACAGCCAUUUCUAAUCGGAUGAAAACUUCAUCGCCUGCCGUAUUGCAGGCCAAACGAAUUGCUAUGAGACGAGCGGCCGAUUCGACGAUCCAAACAAAUAAGACAAUAUCGUUGCGGAAGAACAUCUUUGACCGAUUGGGUCCCAUCUCUUUAUAGUCGGGUUUUAAUUUAUGUUUCAAAUCACGUCAUUUAUAUUUCAGAUUUCAAAAAUCAAUUAUAUUUUCCAUGAACUCAUUGAUUGAUUGAUUGUUAGAUCAAGUAUUUUAUAAUUAGUGAUCAUUUCAAGUGAUUGGCAAUUCUAUGCUUUUGUUUUUUCGUGUCUUAUCAAUGGUUUUUUUGACUUCAGUUUUAUUUUAUUUUUUGCUAUUAUUUUUAAAUUAAAAAAUGUUUUCAAAUUUUUCAAUUUGUGAAACGCUUUGAU